UUUUUCCCCACUUUCCCUUCAAGAUGAUGAACUUUACGGAAAAGGCAAAUCAGUCUCAUUUAUUGAGCAAUUCAAUCAUUUCAACCUCAACUAUCACUAAUGCUUCUACCAUUACAAGCACAUCAAGCAUCAGUGGUACCAGUUCCAUCAUCAGUGCUGAAUCAACAGUUAGUAUUCACUCGCAAUCCGAUCCUUACAGCUUGUCUUUUAUUACGGAUAAUCAAAAUUACUAUCACCAAUUGCUUGAUGAUUUAUCAAUUGUAGAUGAUUUGGCAGACACAUUUAGACAAGAACCUGACUCUGUUGUGUUUGAGAAGCAAGUGCUUGAUGUUGCCCGCUAUGUAGCCUCUAAAGAAAAUGUAUUGGAAUGCGUUAUGCGAACAGAAGUCGACUAUGUCAACGAGCUCUUGGCAUUCCAUGAAGUAUAUGCACUUCGAGUUCAGCCAUGGUUAGAGAAUUCUGUUGAUAAAGAUAUCAUAGCUAAAUUCAAAGAAACACCCUUAAAGCAAGUAUUUGAUGCCAUGUUUGAGAAUAUUCAUGACAUAGCCCAAGCACACAGCUCUUUUUUGAGUGAGUUGAAAGAAAGAAUUCGUCUAUGGGGUCCCACUCAGUUAGUAUCUGAUGUGUUCUAUAACCUUCAUGAGAGCUUCGCUGUGUAUAAGCCAUUUAUGAAACAACACAACAGUUAUGUGAUGGUUGUAGAUACACUUUAUAAAAUACCUGCCUUUACAAAACUCUUAGAAACUAUUAUGGCUGAAAACAAACAACAAAAUCUCGCAGUAAAGAUCAACGAUUUUGCUCAUUAUAUACAAACGCCUCUUUUGCGCUUUACAGCCUAUAGUAAAGCACUCAAACAAUUAAACCAUUAUACAAAUCAAGCACAUCCUGAUUUCAACAGCUUAACAAACGUCCUAAAAAAGUUCAAAGCCCUAGAAUCUGAAUGGAUAAAAAAAGUCCACGACUGCCAAUCGCAUCUCAUGGUCUUUGAAGCAUAUCGUUCGAUUCAAAACUGUCCCAUCAAUGUCAACCCACAGCGACGUUUGCUAUUGUUUGCUCAUCUUAUUCGAGUGGAUCUGGAUGAUAUUACUUCAACGUCAGAUAUUCGCAUGUAUUUCCUCUACAACGACAACUUGAUCUACUGUAAAAAGAAACAAAAGGAGAGUAAAAAAGAUCCUGCAGAUAAAAAGCUAGUUUAUAAAGGUACGCUUAGUCUACGUGGAGCUGAAAUUCGUCAACUUGCACCUGCAUUUUGUGCAAAGAUGUGUGAGGAAAAAAAAUCCCUGUUUCGACUUGGGAAAAAGAACCACUCCGACUCGAAUUCAUUGCCUGGUACAGAAGCCUUUGGUUUUGAAUUAGUGGCUACAGAACUUAACUUGGAUGCCAUGUCUCCCUUACAUCAGAACUAUAUGUCUGCUUCUGCUAGUAGCGGUGCUCCCAUUAAACGAAGACAUGUCAUGAGAACUCGGUCUAAAGAAGAACAAGCAACAUGGUAUGAUACUAUUCGAAAGGCUAUUGCAUAUACAAAUGCACAACCUGCUUAAUAUAUAUACGCCUUAUUUCUCCCUCCCUCUCCCUCUUCUCUAACAUUUACACUUCCUUUCAUUUCUGAUUUCUUUGUAUUUUAUGUCCUCUAUGAAUAAAACUGUAUUUUAUGCAUUUCACCAU